UUUGGGUUUCUACCGGUUUUUCAGGCGCGCUUACUUUAGACACAAUUCUGUUGGUUAAGAGAGGUACUGCGAAAAGCAUUUUCCAUUAUUAUCCGUUAUAUUCUAAUUAUCAAACCACUACUAAAGAUAUAUAUAUAGUUCCAUGGUUACGAUGUAAAGAGGAGUAAUGAUUAAAACGUAAAUCAGACCACCAUGUUAUUAAAUAAAUCAUUAAGUUUGUGGAGAAGCUGUAUCAGACACAAGUCAAAAGUCGCAAAGUCUGUGGAUGAAGCUUUGGAAGGUGUUAGUGGGAAUAUCACUUUGUUAUCUGGAGGGUUUGGACUCAGUGGUGUACCUGAUACUAUCAUCAAUGCCAUCAAAGAGAAGCCUGAUAUCAAUAAUAUAACCGCUGUUUCAAAUAAUGCUGGUUUAGAUGGUAGAGGUUUAUCCCAAUUGUUGGUGACUGGUCAAAUCACAAAAAUGAUUUCAUCAUAUAUCGGGGGAAAUAGAACAUUUGAAAAGAUGUAUUUAACUGGUCAAAUUGAUUUGGAAUUGACUCCACAAGGUAAUCUUGCUGAAAGAGUACGAGCUGGUGCUGCUGGAAUUCCAGCAUUUUAUACACCUACCGGUGUUGGAACUUGGUUAGAAGAAGGAAAAUUGCCAGUUAGAUAUAAUGAAACUGGGGACGAAGUAUUGAAAUCAAGUACUCCUAGAGAAGUAAGGGAAUUCAAUGGUAAAAAAUACUUAUUGGAACCUGCUAUUUUUGGAGAUGUUGCUAUCAUUAAAGCAUACAAAGCAGAUACUCUUGGUAAUUGUUGGUUUAGAGGUGCAUCAAGAAACUUCAAUUCAGCUUUUGGUCGUAAUGCCAAAUUAACUAUUGUGGAGGCUGAACAUAUUGUUCAACCAGGAGAAAUCAAGCCUGAAGAUGUUCACUUACCAUCACUUUACGUUCACAGAAUAGUUCAAUCAGUUACCCCUAAGGAUAUUGAAAUUUUCAAAUUUUCUGAAGAUGAAAGUGCCACAAAUGCUGCAGAACCUUCAGAAGCUGAAAUUAAACGUGAAAGAAUCGUUAGAAGAGCAGCUCAAGAAUUCAAAGAUGGAGAUAUUGCUAACUUAGGAAUUGGUAUUCCAACAUUAAUUCCAAAUUAUAUUUCUCCUGAAAUAGAUGUUACAUUACAAUCUGAAAAUGGUAUCUUAGGUUUAGGUGCUUACCCUAAACGUGGUGAAGAAGAUGCCGAUUUAAUUAAUGCCGGUAAAGAAACUGUCACUCUUAAACCAGGAUCUUCAUUGUUUGGAUCCGAAGAAUCAUUUGCUAUGAUUCGUGGAGGUAAAAUUGAUUUGACUAUUUUAGGUGGUUUACAAGUUUCCAACAAAGGGGAUCUUGCCAAUUGGGGAUUACCAGGUAGAGUCAAAGGAAUGGGUGGAGCUAUGGAUCUUGUAAGCAAUCCAAAAUCUACCAGAGUUGUUGUCAUUAUGGAACACGUUGAUAAAAAGGGUAGAUCAAAAAUUUUAGAAGAAUGUAAGUUUCCUCUUACUGGUCAACGUUGUGUUUCAAGAAUCAUUACUGAUUUAGCUGUGUUUGACAUUGUCGAUGAAAAACUUAUUUUAAUCGAAUACGAUGCUUCCACUACUUUAGAAGAAAUUACUGAAAAGACUGAAGCAAAGUUUGAAGUUUCUCCUCAGUUGAAAGCCAUCUCAUUUGAUUAGGUUAUAUCAGAAUUUAUUUAGUAUUUAGUAAUACACAAGUUAUGAAUUUAAUUAAUUUCAAGUAGUUUUUACAAA